AUGGACGACGCGUGGACGACGACGACGAACGCGCGCGGUGUCGGUGGACGGGCGCUCGCGGAGACGAUCGCGAACGCGCGGCGUGGGUAUAACCCGUGUGGGGAAUACGAACUGGACGUGCGAGGGAUGAAGAUCGCGGCGAUUGAAAAUCUCUCCGUCGCGCGCGAUCAGUACGAUUGUUACGACAUGACGGGGAACGAGAUCGUGCGGGUGGAGAAUUUUCCACCGAUGAAGCGGAUGCAGACGCUGAUGCUCGGUGAUAACAGGAUCGCUCGGGUGCGGGGGGAGGAACUCGGGCGGGCGGCGCCGCGGCUGCGGAACCUGACGCUGAUGAAUAAUUCGUUGCGGAAUCUGGGUGAUUUGGACGAGUUGGGGGCGAUCAAGAAGUUGACGCAUCUUAGCUUGAGCGGGAACCCGGUGUGCGCGAAGGAAAAUUACAGGCUGUACGUGAUUUAUAAGUGCAAGGCGCUGAAGACGUUGGACUUUUGCAAGGUGAAGGCGGCGGAGCGCGAGUUGGCGGAAAAAAUGUUCGGGAAGGACGACGGCGCGGCGGCGCGGGCGAAGACGUUCACCCCAGGAGAUGGUCUGGACGACGCGAAGGAGAAGGAGCCGGAAGAGGAGGCCAAGCCGAGCGGUCCAUCGCCCGAACAGUUGCUCGCAUUGAAGGCAAAAAUCGCUCAAGCGGAGACGCUUGAAGAAAUCGCGCGCCUCGAGAACGCCCUGAAGACCGGGGUCGUUCCCGCGGACUUUGCGAUUUAG